UUUACUCGUAUUGUUUCAUUCCUAUCUCUCACUAAUCUCAUUUGUUUAUAACAAAAAGUUGUUGAUGUAGAAUAUUAGAAUCCUUUAAACUAGCCUCGUUUUGAAAAAUAUUGAGAACAAUUAAAUGCACUUCUGAAGUAAACAUUUUUAACAAUAAAGCAAGAGUGUGCAUACAAGUGGCGAGGAGUGAGGAUGGAUGAACGAAAUUUCCGUUCAAGCUACUACGAAAAAGUAGGAUGUUAUUCUGUGGAGGAAAAAAAGUCAUUAAAUAAACUUCUCCAAGACAAUAUACGCAAUCACUCGAAGCUAAAACAGUUUUGUUUAAGCUAUACGGUGCCUACGGCGCAACGGGGUUUGUUGUGGAGUAUUAUACUUGGCAUAUUGCCUCUCCAUAAAAACUCUAUGGAUUAUAUCUUAGAACAGCGCACUGCAGUCUAUGACGAUUUGCUCCGCGCAGUCACUAUGAUGCAAUAUAUAGACCAGACUACCACAAAAAGUAAAGUACUACAAACAAUGUGGCUAUUGGAAAAUGGUCGAUUGCUACACCCAUUAAUUGGCCCACCAGAAGAUGACAGUAAUUUUAUGGAAAUCGUUAAAGUACUUUUGCAGAUAUUCGACAAUGAUGUGGAAACUUAUUGGAUAGCUAAAGAGUUUUUUGCAUGCAGUAAGGGCAUAGAGCAGGAAUGUUCAAAAUUAAUGGAGCUCUCUCAGACAUUGCUGAAGCGUGAAGAUAUAGAAUUGCACAACCAUUUAGAGAGAUUGGGUGUUUACAACACAGGUGAACUUGUGGAAAAAUGGUAUGUAACGUGCUUUGCUGGAGUCAUUACAGACACGGCUUUAGUUAAAGUAUGGGAUAAAAUUUGCGGAGGAUCGAGAAAAAUUGUAGUUUUCGUUUUCCUGGAGUUAGUUAAAACAUUGAGGAAACAUGUACUGAAUUGUAAUUCCUUACUUGAGCUCAAAACUUUAAUUGAACAGGUGAAAGAUCAAGAUGCAACCAUAGUUAAUAAGGCCAUUAAGACUUGGCAGAGUAACAAGAAUCACAAUGAGAUUACUGUGCACUGAUAAUUGGUUUAUAGUUAUUUGGUUACUUUGUCUUAUUUUUUCGUUGUACAUACAACAAUUACGAUGUACAAUUUAAAUAUACUUGAAUAUAACAUCUUUUUUAUCAGCUACUGUUUGCAACUCCAAUGUAACAGGACAUUGCAACCAAUA